AUGGCCACGGUUUCAGGACCGGCUCUAGUUCGGAGGGCUCUCUGGGGUGCCGGCAAUCGUUGUAUAUAUAGAGCCCGCCAGCCCGCAAUCCAGAAGCGUUUCCAGACCAUUCAAUCUGACCCAAUAACCCCUCCUCCUCGAUCCCGUACCUCCCGUGUCCUCGGCGCAACCGCUCUCUUCAUAGUCGCAACAGCCGCUGGUCUAGCAAUGUCUGUCGCUCCCGCCAUCGAGACAGCCAAUGGCUUCCUCCAACCUCCUACCAACGCCGAGACACUUUCUCUGUGGGUGCCAGCCAGCCCCGAGGCUGAAGAAAUCAACAAACGCAUCGUGUCGAACCCUCUUGCCGAGUCUCUGCGCGCAAACCCACAAUGGAUCGAGUCCAGACCGCACAUGAAGAUUCCCCAGAACAUGAGGUCGCACAACCUGACGGCUGGUACACUACAAGGAGACGACAAGAUUGCUUCUCCACCCCUGACUUUUGCAAACACAAAGGCCGAACUGCCUUCGAUUGUGCAGAUCGCCCAUCUCGGCGAAAAGCUGUGUGGUCACCCUACAAUCAUUCACGGAGGCUUGCUCGCAACUCUUCUGGACGANGGGCUUGCUCGCGCCUGUUUCCCUGCUCUGCCAAACAAGGUGGGCGUCACGGCGAGCUUGAACAUCACAUACAAGAAGCCCUGCCCGGCGAACAGCUUCAUUGUGCUCAGAGCAGAGACCACAAAGGUUGACGGCAGAAAGGCAUGGGUCAAGGGUUGGAUCGAGGUCUUGGGCGACGGUGUUGAAGAGGGCGAGCAUUUGGUCGAGGCCGAAGCCUUGUUUAUCGAGCCCAGGGGUGCAAAGAACAUGGCCAGGCUCUACUCGAGCGACGAGUAA